CUUAAAAAAAAAAGAAAAAUAUUAAAUAGAUAAAAAAAAGCCGAAAAAGGAAAAUAAAAAAGAAAAUAAGGACCGUUGCUGCAACAUCCAUACGAACUCUUCCCGGGCAAAAGCGGCCACAACCACUUCCCAUUUCGACCCCACCGACUGGGGUGGGUCCCACCGAUACUACCUUUUUCCACUAUUCAAUUCUCACCCAUUCACUCCUAGUUCCAGAGCUUUCGCGCUCUUCUUCUUCUUCCGUCUGCAACUCAACCCAACUCAACUAAAAUUACAGACCGACACGACUUCUCAUCUCAAACUCAAAUUCAAAUCCAAAUCCAAAUCCAAACCCACCAAAAUCCCUAAAUUAUGACCCUAAGUUCCAAUUCAAAUCUUGGCUCCGUAAUCAACUUCAAUCGCUGUGAUCCGUACUACUUUCCCUCCUUCUUUCCCCUAAAUCCUCUCCAAUUUCGUGAAUUUCGAGUAUUCCGUCGCCGGAGACUCAAACGCUGCCGGAAUUUUUUGCAGCGAAGCCAAUUGGGGCCCAUCGACGAUUUGUUUCUGACAUUGACUGCGCAGCUUCCGUCGCCGAAGACGCUGGAGUUUUUGGCCCCGGUGAUCGGAUUAGCGUCCGGUGUUGCUCUUUAUGCUUCCCGUUUUGGUUAUGGGAGGGUUCCGGAAGGUACCGAUAUCGGGGAGUGGAUUCUGUUCACCAGUCCGACGCCGUUUAACCGGUUUGUGUUGCUGCGGUGCCCGUCGAUAUCGUUUGAAGGGAGUGAGUUGUUGGAGGAUGUGAAUGAGAAGCUUGUGAAGGAAGAUAGGCACUAUGUGAAGCUCGAUAGUGGGCGGGUUUUGGUGCAUGGCGGUGGCCGUGGCUUGGAGGAGAAAUUGGAGUAUCAGAGAGUGUGUUUGAGUACGGAUGAUGGGGGAGUGAUUUCGUUGGAUUGGCCUGCGAAUUUGGAUCUCAAAGAGGAGCAUGGAUUGGAUACGACUCUGUUGCUGAUUCCGGGCUCGGCUCAAGGUAGCAUGGAUAUCAACAUUCGGUCCUUCGUUUGCGACGCUUUGAAGCGUGGUUGCUUUCCCAUAGUCAUGAAUCCCAGGGGUUGUGCUGGUUCACCUCUCACAACUGCAAGGUUAUUUACAGCUGCUGACAGCGAUGAUAUCUCCACAGCUAUACAAUACAUAAAUAAAGCAAGGCCGUGGACUACAUUGAUGGGGGUUGGCUGUGGUUAUGGCGCAAACAUGUUGACAAAGUAUCUGGCAGAAGUUGGAGAGGGGACGCCGCUCACUGCUGCAGCAUGCAUAGAUAAUCCAUUUGACUUAGAGGAAGCCACAAGGUCCUCUCAUCACAUGGCUGUUGAUAACAAUCUGACUACUGGACUGAUAGAUAUUCUGAGAUCUAAUAAGGCAAUAUUUCAAGGAAGAUCUAAAGGGUUUAAUGUUGAGAAGGCUCUAUCAGCAAAAUCAGUUCGUGAUUUUGAAAAGGCAAUUUCUAUGGUUUCUUAUGGUUUUGAAGCCAUUGAAGAUUUUUAUUCGGAUUCUAGUACAAGAAAUUUGAUUGGAGAUGUGAAGAUUCCUGUUCUUUUCAUACAGAACGACAAUGGUUCAUCACCACUCUUCUCAAUUCCACGCAGUUCGAUAGCUGAAAAUCCAUUUACCAGCCUGCUCUUGUGCUCUUGUUUGCCUUCUUUUGGAAUCUAUGGCGGUAGGUCCGCUAUAACUUGGUGCCAGCAACUUACAAUUGAGUGGCUCACAGCUGUGGAGCUUGGACUUCUGAAGGGUCGUCAUCCUCUUCUUGAAGAUGUGGACAUUACCAUUAACCUUUCAAAAGGGUUAAAUUUUAAGGAAGGAAAAGCAACCAAAAAUACUAAGAAAGUUGCCAAGAUUUUGGAUCUUAGUCCUUCAAAUUCUUUAAACAGUUAUAACACAAAUCCUAUUCAUGAAAUAGUUGAAGAAGGGAAUACUGCUGCCAGCAUGAUCUUAAGACCCAAAAAGGAAUUGCAGAAAAAGCAUGAAGUUGAAGAUAAGGGAUUGCAGAAUGUGGAAAAUGGAGCAUUGGAGCGGACUAGCUCUGUCAAGGCAGAUACGGUUGAACAUGAGGAAGUCAGUUCAAUAGAUAUUGAAAAUGGUGAAGUAUUACAAACAGCACAAGUCAUUAUGAAUAUGCUUGAUGUAACCAUGCCUGGUACUCUAACAGAAGAAAAGAAGAAAAAGGUCAUAACUGCCAUUGGUCGAGGAGAGACAAUGAUGACUGCUUUGCAAGGUGCUGUGCCUGAAGAUGUUCGUGAAAAGCUUACAGCUGCUGUGUCUGGAAUUUUGCAUACCCAAGGCACACAACAAAAACUAACUGAUCUCCUGAAUGUUUCUCGGAGUCCCAGUGCGUCGUCAGGAUUGAAGCCAAACAUGGAUGAAACAUCAACAUCAAACGGAGAAGGUUUGUCAGAGGAUCAUCUUUCAUCAAAUCAGACGAAAAAGGUAGACACUCUGUUAGAUAGCUCCGCUAACAAUCAACCAGGCUCACAGGCACCGUCAGGUGGAAUGGAAUCAGAGCUUCUUCAGUCAGAUGGCUCUCAAAAGUCUGUCAAUUUAGACCAAUCUCAAUCAGUGGGCAGUGAUGGAAACAAUACUAAUGGUUCUCUCAAGAAGGAAACUAGUGAUUCUGGAAAAAGUGACAUUGGUGAAGAUUCUUCCACAGGACAAGGUGUUGUAAGUUCUGAGAUUGUUGGGAAGGAAUUAGAAACAGACCCAAUGGCUAAUAGUUCCAACCAUGCUGAAAAGCAAACUGAAGAAGCAAAUUCUGAAGAUCACAAGGACCAAAAUGCGAAAACUGUUUUGGUAGAUGAAAAAGAGGAUAAUAAUGCCAAAACUGAAGAGAAAUCAGAGCCUGAUCAAAAUAAGACGACCACAUCUGGAGUGGUAAGUGAAAAUGUUUCACCUUCAGUAUCUUCUUCUGAGUCCCAGUCAAUGGAAAAGGAAGAGAGUGAUACUCAGAAGAAGGAUAUUAAGCUUGCUCCGGAUCCAUCUCAGUCAGCUCCAGAGUCUACUGCUCCAACUUUUAGUGUUUCUCAGGCCUUCGAUGCCAUUACUGGGAUGGAUGAUUCCACUCAAGUGGCAGUUAAUAGUAUUUUUGGUGUGAUAGAGGAUGUGAUAUCACAACUAGAUGUAGAUCCAGAGCAUGAGGAUAAAGCUAAUGAAGAGAAAAACGAUAACCCAAUCGAGAAUGAUGGACCACAAAAUUCAGAUGCCGCUCCCAUUGACCGAAGUUUACAAUCUGAUAGAAUACAUGAUUCAGAACAUGAAGAUGAAGGUAAGGAAGAGAAAAACGAUAAUCCAAUUGACAAUAAGGAGCCACAAAAUUCAGAUGCCACCCCUAUUGACGGAAGUGUACAACCUGAUAAACUAAGUGAUUCUGCUGUUUUUAGGCACCCUAGGAAUGCCGAGGAAUCCAAUCAACGCCCACUUUCAUUUAAUGGGAUUGAUAAGAAAGUUCUGAAAGAUAGAGAUACAGCUAGUCAUGUGGAUAAGGAUGGAAAUCGACAGAAGGGUCAAUUAGUUGGUAGCAAUCUUCUUCUUAAAAGUUCAGAAAAAAUAGAAAAGGUAGAUAAAAUUCUAUCGCACAUUACUUCAAAUACCUAUGCUAGCUCUUACUAUAAUGAGAAUUUGCAUAAAUAUCAUCCCUCGGAGAUGCCUGCAGAAUCACUAGAUUCAGAUGCAACUACUGCUCUUUUGCUCGAGUAUAUUCCAGAAGAAGGUCAGUGGAAACUCCUAGAACAACCAGGAAAUAAUGGAACUCCUGCUGGGAAUGUUGAAAAAGAAGCUCAAACCAGCUCACCUACCAAAGGAGAUGAUAAAGUUAUUGAACCAUCGUAUGUCAUAUUAGAUACGGAAACGCAACAAGAACCAGUAGAAGAGUUUGAAACAAAUUACAAAGAAGAAAAGAUUGAAAUUGAUGAGAACGUAUUAGUGGAGUUUAUGCUAUUUGUAGAGAAGAUAAUAUUGGAUGCCUUGAAGGUUGAAGUUGGUCGCAAGCUAGGUGCAGCAGGUACGGAUGAAUUUGAACCCGAUCUUGCUAGAGAUUUGGAACAAGUGGCAAAUUCUGUGGCACUAUCUGUUAGAUAUGAUUUGAAGCAUGCUUUGGUUUCGGACGGUAAAUACCUUAGUGUUGAUAGUAUUUUGGAAAAAGUUGAUACACUUAAUGGAGAGCAUAUUAUUGGGGCCAUAUCUUCUGCUAUUCAGGAGACCAGUUACUUGAGAAAAGUAAUGCCAGUUGGUGUCAUCGUCGGUUCUAGUUUGGCUGCAUUGAGAAAAAAAUUCAAUGUUGCUACACUGCAUGAUGACAACACUCUGAAUUUUGAUGAAGCUGAAAACAUGGGAGAAAAGUAUCUUGAUAAGAUUAAAGUUGCUGAGGCUCAGCAUAUGCCUUUGGAAAAAACUAAGAGUAAUUGCCUGUCUGAGGAUUUGGUCCCCGAGGAGGAGGAAAAUGAUGAACCAAACAAUGGAAACAAUGCGUCUGUCAUGGUUGGUGCUGUUACUGCUGCCUUGGGGGCAUCUGCCUUACUAGUGCAACAACAGAACGUACAGGAUCUUUUUGAAUCUAAUGGAAACGAAGUUGAUUCAUCCAAGUCCUCAAACGUGAAUGCUGACAAUCAAAAGAAUACGAUGUCAGAAAAACAGCAAAGUAACCUAGUAACCAGUCUAGCUGAGAAAGCCAUGUCAGUUGCUAGUCCAGUGGUACCCACAAAGGAAGAUGGUGGAGUGGAUCAAGAAAGGCUGGUCUCAAUGUUGGGAGAUUUAAGUCAGAGAGGUGGCAUUCUGAGGCUUGUAGGAAAGCUUGCUUUGUUAUGGGGUGGUAUACGUGGUGCCAUGAGUUUGACUAAUAAGCUUAUUUCGGUUUUUCACAUAGCUGAGCGUCCCUUGAUCCAAAGGGUUCUUGGGUUUGUGUGUAUGGUGCUUGUUUUAUGGUCACCAGUUGUUGUUCCACUGCUUCCAACUCUUGUCCAGGGUUGGACUACAAAAAACCCCAUAAGAAUUGCUGAGCUUGCUUGCGUAAUUGGGCUCUACCUUGCUAUUAUGAUACUUGUUAUGCUAUGGGGAAAAAGAAUACGUGGGUACGAGAAUCCAUUUGAGCAGUAUGGCCUGAAUUUGACAUCACUGUCACAGAUUCUAAACUUUUUAAAAGGCUUGGUUGGAGGAAUUAUGCUUGUAUUAUCAAUACAAGCUGUGAACGCAGCACUUGGCUGUGUGAGUCUUUCUUGGCCUUAUCCUCCAUCUUCCUUUGAUGUGAUGACAUGGCUCAAAGUGUACGGUCAUAUGCUUACGAUGGUUGGUAAAGGCAUUGUAACGGCAACUUGUAUUGCCCUUGUGGAAGAAUUGCUUUUCAGGUCGUGGUUACCUGAAGAAAUAGCUGCUGAUCUUGGACACCAUAGAGGAUAUAUAAUAUCAGGGCUUGUGUUUUCCUUAUUACAAAGGUCUCCGUGGGCAGUACCGGGGCUAUGGCUUCUAUCUUUGAGUUUAAGUGGAGUUCGACAAAAAGCCCAAGGGUGCCUCUCUGUGCCAAUUGGGAUAAGGGCCGGAAUAUUGGCUUCAAGUUUCGUCUUGCAGACAGGUGGUUUUCUGACUUACAAGCCUAACUUCUCACUUUGGCUCACUGGGACUCAACCAUUCCAACCCUUCAGUGGGUUAUCCGGUUUUGCAAUUUCUUUAUUGAUGGCCCUAAUUUUAUAUCCUAGACAACCUAUGCAAACUAAGAGUUUAAAGCUUCAAACUCUAGAGUAAACAUCAAAUUUUGAAUAGUAGCAUGUGUAUAAAUUGGCCUCAAUCCCUGUUAAGUUGAUCUUUGUUUCUUCCACGGAAAAUAUAUUGCAAAAUGAGAUUAGUAGAUUGACAAAUACAGGCAGAGGAAGUAUGGUUAUUGGUUUCUGCAAGGGAGUUGUUCGGAUAUAGUUCUGGUAUCUCAACAAGGGAAUUAUCGCACUCUCUAGUUGGCCAAAAUCUCGAAUUUCUCGAGGCCAAAUAUUUGAAAGUGGGAGACUGAGGAGAGUUUAUGAUGAAUGUCUUGGUGGAUGGUGCAAAUUGUCUCUGCUUUGACUCCUGUACAAGCUCGUCGUCACAUGAUGCUGUAUAGUGCAUAGUGUCUUGUAGUAUAGUGAUAGAUCUUAUUAUUGUACAGUUAGAUUCCAAAAGCAAAUGAAAAGUUAAUUAGUUA